AUGUCCUCGGCAAUCGCCAUCGGCGCAGGCGUCGCAGUCGCCGCUUUCCUCGGCAGAGCAGGCCUGGUUGCAUGGCGGCGCUCGCGCGGCGGCGUGGGUGCGUUGGGCAAGGCCUUUUACAAGGGCGGGUUUGAGCCGCGCAUGAACCGGCGCGAGGCGGCGCUGAUUCUGUCAUUGAACGAGAGCAGCAUAACCAAGGAAAAGGUGCGCAAGGCGCACCGCACGUUGAUGCUUCUCAACCACCCCGACCGCGGCGGGAGCCCGUACCUGGCGACCAAGGUGAACGAGGCCAAGGAGUUCCUUGAGAAGAACGCGUCAUGA